AGUCAUCGCUGUAUUCUCAUAUUCACCAUCCACUCCAUUUCUUCUAUCAUUCGUAUUGACAGCUCCAAUAUUCUGCUCGCGCUGGCCGAACUGCCAAUGCUCCAAUGGCAAUUUUGACGUCGCAGCGAACGGUUGUGUCUUGUUUCCGUCGAGUUGUAGAGGGGUUAAAGCACAGCUAAGUGGCCAAUUUGUUGUACUGAGUCAGAGAACACAUUUUCCAAUUGAAUAAAAUAGCGCUUAAAGUGAAUUAAUUAAAGAAAUCUUCGAAUAAUAAACGGAAACAACGAAUACGUGCUCACAGCCAAGGCGGUAUUAUACGCUCUUAAUAACCAUACAAAGAAUAAAAGCAAACGAAAUCAAGUGAGGAAAAAAAAUCGCUGAAGAAAAAUCAUUAGCGAGAAGGUGAACAAGCAAAUUAUUGAUUUUCCGUGACGAAACAGCAGAAUAAAGAGAACUUAAGAGUGUCAGCUGAGGUGAAAGACGACAGUGUUAAAAAGAGCGAAAAAAACACAUUUUGUUUUAACAAAAAUAUUGAAAAAUAACACAAAAAUUGCUAAUUCACAACAACAAAAAAUAAAACGGUGUUUGUUCUUAUUGUUGUGUCGCAGCAGCAGUGAAGUAGUAAAAAUAUAUGUAAAGAGGCUCCCAAACAGCCGCUGAACAUAAAAAAUUACAAGUGUGCGAGAAAUUUAAGAGCUAAGCGGCGAUUUUUGCAGCGGAAGUGCAUUUACAUUCAGGUCACGCGUAACGCUCACAUACUCACAUACGCACCCGACUGCCGUUAGAAGGGAGUUGCAACAGGAGCAAAGGCGAAGAAGGAACUGAUAAACCAAUAACAAAAACACCAAUACAGUAAAAGAAAGAAAAUAAGCAAGCUCAAGCCCAAACGCCAUUACAACGCCAGGAUUGACACAUCAGCUCAGUUUGGCCUCAUCCACAGACACACAUACACCUACACACAAACAUACCAACUACUACAAGUGCCACUCAUUAUACAUCCACCAAGCACCUGUGCAACAAGAAAUACAAGAAAAAUAAUAACUACAACAAAUCACAACUCGAAUUCAAGCAACGUUUCAAAGAAGCAGCAGCAGCAGUUGCAAGAAACAAAAUUCGAUUGUUUGGUGUAAGUGUUGAGUUGCCUUAAAGAUGCCGCAGUCCGAAGGCGGCUAUACGGCGCUCGAUAGCGCCGGCACCAAUGGUCACGAUGGCAGUGGUGGCGCCAUCUAUCAAUCCACCACAGAGCCGACCGGUCCACACUCGGUUUUUGAAUCGAUGAAACGCGCCAUUGGUCAGGUGGUGGGCACAACAAAUGGUAGCUCCCAGGAUACCGACGAUUUGCUAACGACAACCAAUGGGCGUCAGGCCACAAUUGUUGGAUCAAGUGUUUAUUUCAGAGACCGGGACAAAAUCGGUAAGCCACUGAACACGAAGAUGCCAUCUGCGCCGACACACACGGCCGAGGAGGCACGUCUGUUGGGCACCAUGCCCGUCGAUCCUAUGGACGAUAUUGAAUUGCGCUCUGUGUGGCUGCAAUUUCCAUAUACACGCGGCUCCACAUUGCAGGCAUGCGAGCAACGUCUUGUGCCCACUGAUAAGGGCGAUAUACACGUAGCCGUGCAGGGCGACACUACAAAGCCAGCAAUUUUGACGUAUCACGAUCUGGGAUUAAAUUAUGCUACUAGCUUUGCUGGAUUUUUCAACUUUCCGCCACUACGCAGUUUGCUUGAGAAUUUCUGCGUCUAUCACGUUACAGCUCCUGGGCAAGAAGAAGGAGCACCUAUAUUGCCAGAAGAUUAUGUCUAUCCAACCAUGGAUGAAUUGGCCGCUCAGCUGGUUUUCGUGAUGUCGCAUUUUGGUCUCAAAUCAGUGAUCGGCUUCGGUGUUGGCGCUGGCGCCAAUAUACUGGCCCGUUUUGCCCACAAUCAUCCGGAUAAGGUCGGCGCUUUGGUGCUCAUCAAUUGCGUUUCGACGCAAUCCGGCUGGAUCGAGUGGGGCUAUCAGAGUUUCAAUACACGCUUCUUGCGUACCAAGGGUAUGACUCAGAGCGUCAUCGAUUAUCUGAUGUGGCACCAUUUAGGCCGCAAUCCAGAAGAGCGCAACUACGAUAUGGUGCAAAUGUUUAAGCAACACUUUGAACGCGGCGUCAAUCCCACUAAUUUGGCCAUGUUCAUCAAUUCGUAUAUACAUCGCAACGAUUUGAAUAUUACACGUACACCACCAGGCACUCCCGGCACUCAGCCAUCGUCGUGCACACUGAAAAUGCCGGUUAUUAAUAUUACCGGCGCCUUGUCGCCACAUGUCGAUGAUACCGUUACCUUCAAUGGGCGCUUGGAUCCAACAAACUCAUCUUGGAUGAAGAUUUCCGAUUGCGCCAUGGUGAUGGAGGAACAGCCGGCGAAGUUGGCCGAGGCCUUCAGGCUUUUCCUGCAGGGCGAGGGCUAUGCCACGCCACUCUCCACGCCAGCCACCUCGCCAUGUGGCACCAAGUAUCAGACAUACUCGUCCAUCUUCUUCGCCAACUUCAAAGAGCAGCUGGAGAAGGAGCGACGUGAACAGCAAGCUGAGCAACAACAACAACAACAACAACAGCAGCAACAGCUACAGCAGCAGAAACAACAAAAGAAGCUGCGCAGCAAUGUGCGGCUCUGUCGCGAAACUGCCAUUAACAACAACAACACCACGAAUACCGGUUACGCCUCGAGUAGCGGUGACGCCUCCGGUGGCGAGUCCGACGGCAACGGCAAUCAGUCGAUUGAACGCGAACGCCACUUGCCCGCCUGCGAAAUGCAGAAGGAUUUGAAUGAUUUGGACUUCGAGGCGGAGCCGGAGCCGGAGGUGAGCGUCAAUGGCACAGCAUAUACGAGCGCGCAGAAGAUGCGCAUCACGGAGAAUCCACUGCCGGAAGCUGUAAGCUGUUAAACGGAAGAAAAAGUAAGUUAAACACCUGAAGAACAUAGUGAGCGAGAGUUAGAAGUAGAGCGAGAGAGGCAACGAAAGUUAACCGAAAAGUAGGUGAAAUGCUGUGGAAGUGUAAAGGUGAGGAAAAGUAAGCGGAGCUCCGAGUUGUGCGAAGUAAAAGUAUAUCAUUUAAGAAUUGCUGAGUUUCUUCAAGCCACAAUUGAAGACGUUUAUCAUUGCGCUCAGAAACCUACUGUAGUAAACUUAAAUUGAAAUAGAAUAUGAAAACUUAAAUAGUAAAUACACAAUUUUCGAAAGCUGCAAUAGUGCACGCGCGCAUUUAACACCAACAAGUAGCUGCUGAAGCUGAGCUAUGAGCCGCAUACAUACGUAAAUGCAAUAAAGUCAAUAAAGAGCGAAAUGUCACUGCUGCAGCCGAAACCGCCCAUAAAUACAUAAAUAGAAAUCAAAACUAAUAUUUGUUAUUAUGAAUCACUUUAUUUUGUUAUAAUUAUACUCAAAAACGAGUAAAUAAAAUGUUAGUAAUGUAGUUAAAAAGUUGCUUAAAUGUCGUCCUACUAUUUUUGAUUGGUGGAGCAUUAAGCACAUACAUAUUUUUCUAGCAAUAACGGUUAAUUUUUCAACUAUUUUGAAAAGUAUCCAUAAAAUUAGCUUUCUUUAGUCAAAACUGCUGAGUAUAGAAUGAGAAAAAAAUAAAAGUAUUUUACGAAUUUUAGUUUUCGCAUAGGGAUGCCAUAAUAAUUACACUGCAAAAAAUAUAUUUUGGCAUUUUUUUUUUAUUAAAAGUAUUUCUAAUCACAACAUUCAAUUAACUAACAUUGGAGUAGUAAAUUUUUAAAUUAUUCUUACAAAUUGAUUGGAAAACGAGAGUAUGUUAGCUAGCAUUGCAAAUAUAAACAACAAAUUUAUGUAAAAGUAAUCAAAUAAACCCAAAUUGAUAAAAAAAAAUUAAAUUACGGCUGAAGAGAUUAGUUUUAUAAGUUUGUGAAACGUAGAGAAAUUUAUUCAAAAUAUUUCUCUUCUUUAGAAAAAACUAAUUUACUUAGCGGCAACUCUUCAUUCCGUUACCGACAUGGCGUAUACGCAACACAAGCAUUUGGCACUCGAGCAGGCGCAGUUGCAAAGUGGAUUUUAAUAUACAAAAAAAAAAACACAAAAAAUCACAGCAAAGGAAAGUUAUAACAAUAACAAUAAUAUAUGUUUAGUCAGUGAGAGAAAAUCUCAAAAAUUUUAAACCUUUUAACUUAAAUUUUAGUUCAAAAAUCCAAACCAAAAUCCAAAAGUAUUCCAAGGCAACAUACAUUCGUAAGAUAUUGGAAAUAGCAUUUGUUUCUUAAGGUUCAGCUUAGUUCUACUUAUUUUAAGUACUCAUAUCUAUCAUUUUACUAAAAUUACCUUACCAAAUACAAUUUUGUUUAUAAUCUGUAGAGGAAUAAUUUGAGAACGAAAGCCAUCAUCAAAUCGACUAAAUAUGUAUUUAAAUUUCCAUCACAAAGUCCACUUUGCAAUUACGCUGCUGUGUCGCUGGCAUCAAGAGGAACUUAAUAACGAAAAUCAAACAGAAUAAACCCACAAUGUACUUCUAUAUAUCUGUUUAAUUUGUUUCAUUUCACUUUGUGCCUGAAAUAUUUUAUGAUUACUUAUAUUGUAAUGAAGAAAAACACCGUUAAAUAAGUUAACUUGUAUUUGCAAACCAAAUAAAAAAUAAAAGAGAAAAACCAGGAGAGUUGAACAAAGUGCAGGGAUUGAUGAAAAUCAAUAAUAACGGUUAUAGUUAUGAGAAAGGUGAUUGACAGGAGAAUAUAAAAUAUAUUAACGAGCUUUCUUGUUGCAAGCGAUUUUUGCUUAUUGUUGAAUUUAGCUAAGCAAACGAUUAUUUUAAGCUACAUAAACAAAGCAAAUUUAAACAGUUUAAGAACUCACACACACAUACACCCACACACGCAUUCACAUUAAUAGAACAGAUGAUGAAUAUGAAACAGAUAGUUUAGUAAGUAUUUCAUUACGAAAUCAAUGCAAUUACACAAAUAUUUGAAAAUCAACGAAAGCUUAAGCAAAUGAAGCUUUGAAGCUUUAUAAAGUGCAGUAGGCGACAAGCGAUUGUAGAUAUGAGUAAAUAAAAUUUAUUUAAUUAAAUACAACGCUGUUAUCGAAAUGUGUAGCAAAAAAAAAAAUUGUUCAAAAAACAAAAGCAAAAUAAUAUUAAUAAAAAAAUAAUAUUACCAAAAAUAAAUAAAUAAAUAAAAAAAUAAACAAAAGAUUCAAACACUAAAUAUUGACAUACAUUAAAAGAUAACUGUAAUUACUUUAUGUGCUAGUAAAACGAAUUGAAUAAAGUCCUUGAAAUGUGGUGUAUUAUUUGUGAACUGUUCUAAUGUUCAUAUUAUUAGCAGACUACUUUGUUUUAGAGAACAUAUCAACAAAAAAUAAAUAAAAAUAUUAUAUUAAAUAAAAUGAAAUUAACUAACACUGAAUACACAGAGAGAAAAACAUAAGAAAACUCAAACUUUUCGGUUUGUGUGCACAUGUAUGUGUUUGAUAUGGGAGGUAGAGCAAAGGGCUACUUCUGAAAAUAAAAAAUGAUAGAAUAAAGCAGUAUUGUUAGAUGUAAGUAAAAGAAGAGUGAAAGGGUCGAAAAUGAGUUAAUCUGCUUCUGUGUUUGAAGGGAAAACUAUGAAAAGUUCUGUUUUUAUAGAUCAAAUCAUAGGCAAAUCGGCACACUAAAGGACCUGAAGACCACGAAUCAAUAUAGAAAGAUGAUUUGAAGUGUGUAAUUAGAGGUUAUACCGAAGUCUCCAGAAUGUUCUACAAAUGUAAUAAAAGGUCUUUUUGGCCUAUGAAAUAAUUUUAGGCACAUUUUUAUACUUAAAAUACAGAGUAAAGUGAUAAUUUCCUAGUUCCAAAGUGGAUAUUAGCUUUUAGCAUGUUCUUCGCCUUACUUCCGAUAUCGCAAAUAUGUGUACAGCUACUAACAAAAUGAACUCCAUAUAUCGAUAUAGCGAUAAUUGGUAAAAUCAGAAAAAACAAAAUUUCUUAUUGUGUUUAUCUAAAAUUUUGCCUAAAAUAUUGCGGGAAAAUGUUAGAAAAUAAAUUAAAUAAAAAAUGUUGUUCUCCCUUGAAUGUUGGUACUGUUUACGCCUGCAUCCUUACAUCUGCUCGUAACGUGAAAACUCAAAAAUGUUUUCGAUAACACAUAAAUGCAGCAAACAAUAGGAAACGUAAGCAAAAAGGACAUAACCAAGAAUAUAAAAACAUAACUUCAAACUAUGAAAGAAAAAUAAAUUUACGAAUAAAAUAUGUAAAAAAGAAGUUUAAAGAAUUGAUUCAUCCUAAAAGCAACGCAAUCAAAUGGAGAAGCACACACGCUUGAUGUUAAUACCAUAAAAAAAUGUAAAACAAAAACAAAACACAAAACAAAAAUAAAUGAAAUUUAUAAUAAA